UCAGUUACAAAAUUAAAAUUAGAGUCCAAAAGGAGAAAAAAAGAAAAGUGUGCAGACAAGUCAGUGGUGAGUUGUUCCUGGAAAUAGAGAAAGAGUAUGGACGCUAACAUUCAUCAUAUGAGUCACCGUGAUGACACACUGAAGGUCCUGAGCUGAGACCAACACAACCUCCUUUCAAAACACUCGCUGCCCUUUAUCAGAGCCGCCAUGUGUUUAUUCAGCGUAGAUGCCAGCGGUAGUAAGGUUUAAUCCUAAUCCACUUGCAUCUUGUUUUGAUUAGGUGAUCACUGUCCGAGACACUCAGCUCUGAUGUUCGCAGCCUUUAGCUGGUGUGUUUCUGCUGAUGGCUAGAAGCGUAAAAACAACAUGACAGUCACCGUGUUGCUGUGCCUCUGGAAUGGAAAAGUCUAAGAGAUAACGCAUACUCAACUUUUGCUUCUGCUGGAGUGUUUAUAAUGACAAGGUUUCUUUAAAAGUGCUGAAGAAGUGAGGGGAAGUAAUGAAAGAAAGGUGACGUGGCCAGGUAAGCUUCCUUUAGGCUGGGUUGGUGCUUUGUUUUGGCUCUGGAAUGUUCUGAUUUACAACUGUCCAGGGAACAUGUACGUUUCAGACAUUAAAUGAAAUGCCAAAGUGCUUAUUCUAAUUACAGUUUCACAAUUAUGCUGUAAAGUGUAAUAUAUUUUUCCAAAUUAUUUGUUCAUGUUGCUGUUGGUCUUGUUUUCAUGAAGAUCUCGUGUCUAGUGUGCAGUGAAACAGACAAAAGAACAGUGUGACAGUGUGUAAUAAUAGGAAAUUGUGUUAUUUUGUAUAUAGAGAUCUAUUAUUGCCCUACGCCCAGGUUGCAAAGCACAAGGUCAGAUAUCUCAGAUCUCAUGAAAGUAUCUUUGUCUCUGACAGUGAAAACAGCAAAGGGUCAUGGGAUGUGGCAUGGGAAAAUCAGAACUACAGCUGAAGAAAUGUGACAGAGGUGCACCAUUUAUCAAAAUGAUAAGAAAUGCUUUAUUUUUAUAUUACAACACACUAACAUCAGUGUCUUUUAUGUCAUUUUCAGGGAGCAUCUCAGCCCCAGGUAAUUUUAAUUUAUUCUACCACAUUUUCCUGUUAAAACUUGAGCUUCAAUCUGAAUGUGAAAAUACUCUCAACAGGUGCUUGUUCACGUUUGCAAUCUCAACCAAAAUGUCAAGCACACUUUUUACUUCUUCAGCAAUCAGAGCAGCUCUGUUGAUCCAGCGCUGGUACCGGCAGUAUGUCGCUCGGCUGGAGAUGAGACGCAGGUGCACGUGGAACAUCUUCCAGUCGAUUGAAUAUGCGGGAGAACAAGAUCAGAUCAAGCUGUACAAUUUCUUUGGCUUCUUGAUGGACCACUUCACUCCAGCCAGCAGUGAAAGAAACCUAAUAUCUCACAUCUUUCGUGAGAAUGAAAUCUGCCGUGACAUUGAAUGGGAAAGAUAUUUUUGCUACAAGAGCAUUGAGGUACCUGAAAGCUACACCGGCCCCCAUCUGACCUUCCCCAUGACCUUCUGCGGCGUGUCAAAGCUCGUGGAGGCUUUCAAGCACAAACAACAGCUCCAUGCUCGAUAUGUGCUGCAGAUUCUAGGAGAGACCUGGAGACUUCUAAGGAUUCUUCCAAACAUCAAUUAUGUCUCCGUCUGCCAUAACCAGGAAAUUACAAUAUGUGGAGACUUACACGGGCACCUUGAGGAUCUGCUGUUGAUAUUCUACAAGAAUGGUUUGCCGUCUUCUGAGAAGCCGUACGUCUUCAAUGGUGACUUUGUGGAUCGUGGUAAGAACUCCCUGGAGAUUCUUCUCAUCCUGUUCGGGUUCCUGCUGGUCUACCCCAACGAUGUUCACCUGAACAGAGGGAACCACGAGGACCACAUUGUUAACCUGAGAUAUGGCUUCACUAAAGAAGUUUUGGGAAAAUACAGGGUGCAUGGCAAGAAGAUCCUAAAACUUCUCCAAAAGAUCUUCAGCUGGCUACCUCUGGCCACAGUGAUCGACCACAAGGUGUUGAUUGUUCAUGGAGGGAUCUCUGACAUGACAGACCUUAAUGUCAUAGAAAGAGUGGACAGACACAGAUAUGUGUCAGCCCUCAGGCCUACUAAGAUGAGCCAACAAGUCGUCAAUGGCAGCAAGAGUCAGAACAGCAGGAACGGAGAGGCUGGCGGACCAGUGGAAGGUCGGCGUCGAGUGUAUUCUCUGACUCACCACAGCCCAGCCUCGGCUCAGAGACACAAUCCCCCACGGCGCUCCCUCCACAACCUGCCUAUCAGCAAUCAGCUGAGCUGGUCACUGGAAGAUGAGCUGAAGAGGAGACGCAGGUUGGCUGGGUUUGAUCAGUCCUACGGAGAAAUGAAUAAGUCAGAGUCUGACUCAGACUCAGAGCCUGCAGGAACAGAAACAGAUGAGCAAGAAUGGAAACAAAUAGUAGACCUGUUAUGGAGUGACCCAAUGCCUCAAAAUGGCUGCAUCCCCAAUGAGGUGCGAGGUGGAGGCUGCUACUGGGGACCAGAUAUCACUGAGGAGGUGCUGGAAAGACACAACCUGCAGCUCCUCAUCCGAUCCCAUGAGUGCAAACAGGAUGGCUAUGAGUUCUGCCACAACCGCAGGGUGCUGACUAUAUUUUCAGCAUCUAACUACUAUGAGGUUGGCAGCAAUAGAGGAGCCUACAUCAGAAUGGGCCCUGAUCUGGUCCCUCACUUCAUCCAGUAUCAGGCCAGCAGGACGAGCAGGGAGCUCACCCUGACACAAAGUGUCGGGUGGACAGAAAGAUCAGCUCUACGAGCUCUGAGAGAACAACUGUUUGUACACAAAUCAGAUCUCAUCAGUGCCUUCCAGGAGUUUGAUCCCAACAACACAGGGAUGAUCUCUCUCAGGCACUGGGCCAGUGCCACAGAGACUGUACUGAAUCUGGGUCUGCCUUGGAGGGUGCUGCGUCCUCAGCUAGUUAACAGCACAAAGUACGGCAUGGUGGACUACCAGCAGUGGAUAAGGGAGCUCUCCAUCACUGAGCCCAAACUAGAGAUUUCUGACACAAGUAUCCUAGAGACUAUGUACAAAAACCACUCCAACCUGGAAACCAUCUUCCGAAUCAUAGACACAGAUCACUCAGGUUCGAUCUCUUUCGAGGAAUUUCGUCAGACCUGGAAGCUCCUGAGCUCUCAUCUCAAGACAGAGAUCAGUGAUGAGGCCAUCGCAGACCUGGCCCAGAGCAUCGACUUCAACAAGGACGGCAGCAUCGAUAUCAACGAGUUCAUGGAGGCUUUCCGACUGGUGGACCUCUCUGCACAUACCUGAGAGACUGGACCAAGAGCUGUAGCUGCACCAUUUUAGAUUUUCCUGAUGAUCUGCAUCAUAGAAAACACAAAGAACCAUCUUGGGUGGACUUCAUCACUUGUAAACACAUUUGAGGAAGUUUGAAUGGUUACUAGCACUUCAUCACAUGACAUGGGCAGGUUAACUGAAAGCAUUACUUAUCCAGAUGCACCAUAGAUGUUGUCUAUCUCUUAGGGUGUGUUUUUUUAGCUUUUUUAUUAAUCCUCUAUAUCUUUUGUAUUAUCAAUUUAGUUGGUGAAUAAAAACUUUUAUGCUCAGU